AUGGCCCUAUGCUGCGUUGUGCAGGUCUCGCUAACAGGGGUAUUGUUCGCAGGGGUCCUCAUAAGCUCCAACAUCUCUGGCUACAUGACCGGCAGCUCACUCAUCGCCCUGGGACUGUCUUGGUGGCAGGCUAUCGUCGCCAUUGUGAUCGGAAACAUUCUGGCGACCAUUUUUAUCGUCCUCAACUCGCUGCCUGGGGCGUUUUAUCAUAUUGGAUUUCCUGUGGUGAAUCGAUAUGUCUGGGGCAUGUAUGGCAGCCAGUUUGUCAUCUGGAACCGCAUCUUUCUCUCUCUCAAUGCCUUCCAGGCUUGGAUUGGAGGCGAGUGUGUCUAUGUCUGUCUGCAAGCCAUUUGGCCCUCGCUGGAGAAGCGCAUCCCCAACCACAUGCCCGCCGACACCGGUAUGACGACCGCCGAAUUUGUGGGGUACAUCAUCUUCAUGGUCCUCUCGCUUCCCGUCAUCUAUGUGCGACCGCAUAAGCUGCAGAAAAUGUUCUACAUCUCUGCCGCCAUUGUCAUUGUUUUCGAAUUCGUGCUCCUAAUUUGGUCUCUGGCCACCAUGGGUCCCGACGGCUUCGGUGACACACUAGCUUCCGGGUCGCAUGUCUCUGGGUGGAUGAUCGCGUAUGGGAUUAUCAGCACGAUCGGCAGCAUCUGCGCCGGAAUCCUGAACCAGAACGAUUACGCGCGGUUUGCACGACGACCCCGAGAUGCCAUCUAUGGUCAAAUCUUUAGUGCAGCACUGUACGCCAUCAUCUGCGGCAUCAUCGGCAUUCUCGUCACGGCCGCCACGCAGGAGCGCUAUGGAGAAGCCUACUGGAAUCUUCCCAAGCUCCUGGGUGCAGUCAUUGAGACUGGUGGUCCGCGAUCGCGCGCGGCGGGCUUCUUCGGAGGUAUCGCGCUGAUCAUCUCGCAGAUGGGGGUAAAUGUGCCGGGCAACGCUUUGUCUGGAGGGUUCGAUCUGGCGGCGACCUUCCCCAGGUACAUCAACAUCCGUCGGGGCGCGUACCUGACGGCAUUAGUCUCCAUUGCAGCCAAUCCCUGGAGAUUGGUCAACACGGCCACGGUCUUCAUCACGGUCCUCAGUAGCUACUCGGUGUUCAUGGCGCCGAUGAUCGGGAUGAUGAUCGCCUCGUACCUGUGCGUCCACCAGCGCAAGAUCAAGGUCCCAGAUCUCUUUGUAGGAGAUGCACGGAGCAUCUACUGGUAUACAUCCGGGGUGAAUUGGCGGGCCAUCGUCGCGUGGAUUUGUGGGACAGUCCCCUCGCUUCCCGGCUUCAUAGCCUACGUCAACUCAACCAUUCAUGUUCCGGCCGGGCUGAUGCAUCUCUACUACAUCUGCUUCCUCAGCGGCGCGUUGAUUGCCGGCGCCGUAUUUGUGGCACUGCAUUAUGUCUUUCCCGACCGACGUGUGCGAUCGUUCCUCGCGUCGGCGCCUACAUCCCAGAUGCUGAUCGAGGAAUACCGGGACCAGCAGAUCUCAGUCGAAGCGGUGAUUUGUGAAAGGCCUCCGAAACUGUCGGACGAUGAGUGA